CAUUCAGUGUCAGGUUGUCAGCGAUUCAGCAUAUGUUUGCAUGCCAACUAGCCAUUACUUCUUGGCCUGAUUGUUUCCUUUGCCUGUCAAAAUCAAUGAAAUCCUGUGUCUGCGAUACGCAACUGGUUCCUCCGUCUCGUACAUGACAGUACGACCUGACCAGAAUGGAACCAGAGUAUCAACCCUCUGCCCUGGACAGUCUUCACCAAACGGAAGAGGUCUCCCGGAUGUCUGGUGACAUCGCAUCGUUAAUCCAGAUCGGCAACAAACACACGCAACAGCAAGAACAACUGACUCAGGUGAUCCAAACUCUCACCAAAAUGGCAACUCCAUCGUUACCACAAUCCAGUGAUCUGGUUCCAGAAGCCCCGGUUCCGGUGAACCCAGCCUUGGCUAUUGACGCUCCCGAGCCAAAGAUUGGAAACCCCAAACACUUCAACGGCGAUCCAACUCAGGUAUGAGCCUUCCUGACAAGUUGCAAAGUCCAAUUUUCCCUGCAACCCCGGACCUUUUCAAACGAAGGGGCAAAAGUUGGAUACGUCAUCACCCACUUGACUGGUCGGGCUCGGCUUUGGGGAACAGCGGAAUUUGAGAGGAAAACACCAGCUUUUAAUAACUUCAAUGCCUUUGCUGAUGAAAUGAUCAAAGUGUUCGACCCGGGCUUUUCUAACUCCGAGACAUCCCGCGCCCUUAUGACCAUCCGUCAAGGCAAUCAGUCAGUGUCAGAGUAUUCGACUGAAUUCAGAAUGGUAAAUGGUGUUACACUUAUAUAGCGCUUUUCCACUUUUCAAGGCGCUCAAAGCGCUUUACACUAUCUCACCACCUACUGGUGACGCAGCACCAGGAGCAACGUGGGGUUCAGUAUCUUGCUCAAGGACACUUAGGCGUGUUCAUCAGGGCGGAGAAUUGAACCCACAACCUCUGGGUUUGGGGGACAACUACUCUACCACUGACCCACGCCACCCCACUGGUGAGGCGCAGCGACUGGAACACGGAAGCAGUGAUAGACGCAUUUUAUCACAGCCUGGCGGACUACAUCAAUGAUGAGCUCGUCUCCUAUGAUCUACCCAGCACCCUUGAUGAAGCCAUUGCCCUUGUAACCCGCAUUGACCGUUGGAUUCAGACCCGACGGCGAGAGAGGGGACGUCGGAACGCACCCUCUGCCUCUCAGCCUUUUCCAGUUGUUACUCCCACUCAUUUAAACCAGCCUGUGCCCAUGGAGAUCGGCCGUGCUGCCCUAACUCCUGAAGAGCGCCAGUGACGUUUCAACUUUUGUAAUGAAGAAUUAAAACUGGUUCAAUAUGCUCCUUUUUUCCUGAAUGCAUUACUUAGAUAUAUGAGAUAGGAACGUGAUAUCGGCAGAUAUUCAUAUCAAGUGACUUUGACUCAGGUGGAGAAAAAUGUGAUCGGGACAUCCCUAACUAAAUAUUAGUAGACAUCCGAUCCCAUGCCUUGUCGCCACUGCACCACACCCCGCAGCAGCACAAAGAUGACGACUUCAGUACUCCCCAAAAACGUGACUUAAAUGGUAGGAAAUGAGACAGGGUCACACAUAGUUUACAGCCAUUGUAAUGUGAGCAAGCUCACGCAUGCAGUCACAAUGGAGCCUGGCCGUGAUAAAUGAAUGGGCUGUUGCUUUUCCAGUUGCUCUCACUUGCAGCAUGUGAUUGGCUGGAGUAGCCCCAGAUAAGGAAAACAUUAGCUUGGAAGACAGCUUGUGAGGGAAGAGACAGAAUGUCUUCAAGUUCCCCUCCCCAUAUGAACACCUUUUCACUCGUGUAUGCCUUCAGCAAUUGUUUGUAGCCAGUAUUUUCCACCACUUCAUGACCCUGGCUAAGGUCUUACGCCAAAUCCAGAAAAGUGAGCAGCAUCUACAGAUGCUGAUGCUUCUGAAAUAUUUUCCUUCCAUCUCUGUACAUUCCGGGUCAUCUUUUACAGCUCCCUUAUCCACAUCAGCACCAAGUCCAAGCUCGCCAAGUCCAGUACCCUCCCACACACAAACUGUUAUUGGAAAAAGAAGUGCAGUAGCAAGCAACCAGUGGGUCUCGACAGUCAGAGGACUGGGGCCUUAACAUGGAGAUUUGUGACAUCAUCAAUGAGACAGACGAGGGUCCUAAAGAUGCAGUCAAAGCUAUUAAGAAGAGAAUUGUGGGUAACAAAAACUUCAGAGAAAUCAUGUUGGCCCUUACUGUUCUAGAGGCAUGCGUAAAGAACUGUGGCCAUCGUUUCCAUGUUUUUGUGGCAUCGCAAGAGUUUGUUGAAGGAGUUUUGGUGCGAGCCAUUUUACCCAAAUAUAACCCGCCCACUGCCCUCCAUGACAGAGUGCUGAGUCUCAUACAGUCAUGGGCUGACGCGUUCCGUACUUCCCCCUCUCUUGCGGGUGUGGUGUAUGUUUACGAUGACCUGAGGAGACGAGGGUUGGAAUUUCCCAUGACAGACCUUGAUGCGCUAUCUCCCAUUCACACUCCCAGCAGGACUGUGCCUGAAAACGAAACCAAUGAGUCCAAGGAUGCUCCUCCCAAUCAGUCACAACAACAAACACCUUCCAAAUCUUCUGCUACAAAUGCAUCACCUGCAUCCCAGCCCAGUGAAGAACUAGGUGCUCUCUCUGCAGCACAGAAAGAAAAGCUGCAGCAAGAACUUUCACGUGUAAAGGGAAACCUUAAUGUAAUGUCUGAAAUGCUGAAUGAACUUAAACCUGGACAGAGCAAGCAGGAUGAUACGGAACUCCUGCAGCAACUUUACUCAGUGUGUAAAAACAUGCAGACUCGAGUGGUGGAACUCAUUCCCCAAUUGCUGGAUGAAGAACUCAUUGAGGAGCUUCUGGUGGUUAAUGAUGACCUCAACAACGCUUUCAUUCGUUAUGAAAGGUUUGACAGGCUUAACAAGGCACAAAUUACAAAUACUGAACAGAGUUCUGUUAGCCGCCUGGACCUCAUCGACCUUAGCCCAGAGCCCUCAGCAAUGAGUCAACCCGCCGUCAUUACAACAAACAAUCAACCUGAAGUCAACAAGUGGACCAAUGAGAGGCAGACUGCAAACCACAAAGAUGAGGAAGAGUUUGACAUGUUUGCACAAACCCGAGGCAGUUCCUUAGCAGAGCUGAGAAAGAGUGUCAGGUAUGAAGAACCUGGAGCUGUAGAGGGGCUUGCUGAGGCCUUAGACUCAAGGCUGCAAGUCACAGGAUCUAUCGGACAAGCCAAAAACACACUUCAGAACAAUGUGGAUAAAUGGCUGACUAGUGAUAUGCAAGACCAGUCUGCAGUCAGUGAGGGAGUCUCCAGUGAAGAGUUUGAUAAGUUUUUGGAUGAUCGGGCAAAGGAAUCUGACCAACAUUACCAUACAUCUUGUGGAACACUGCCUUCGACAACAAGACUGCUGCCACAGUCGACAAGGCAACAGGACAAUUCACAUGACAAGCUUUUUUCCCUCUAGGUUUGGGAGCAAUGAAACAUGAGAAAAUAGUUUGGUUUUUUUGAACAAGCACUUGUUAUCACACCGAAUGUUAAGUACUAUAACAUGUCUAAAAGUAUUGUUUCCAACAAUUGGUGCAAUUCAGUUCAGAUUACUAUGUUGACGUGUAAUCUAUUCAUUCUGUGAGGUAAAUUUAUUGUCACUGCGGCAAUAUUCCCAUGUAUAAAUUUAUACAACAAUGUAUAAAACAAACACAAAGAUCAGCAUAGAGGAGGAGUUAAAAUUUUUUAAAGUUAAAAAAAAAAAAAAAAAAAAAAAAAAUCAGAAAAUUAGGCCUUUGGUAAGUUGUAAGUAGUAGUUAUAUUAGACCAGUCAUGUUUGGCCCUGUAACAUCAUAGUAAAGUGGCAUAACAUAAAAAACACAAACAAGAGACCAAUCAAGAAACUGCAGUAUGUGUUUUGCUCUAGAGUAUAUCUGUUACCACUGCAGUUUGUCUUUAAUUGAAUAGUAUCAACAGUUUGUCGAGAGCUGGUAUUUUAUUACCCCUCACAUUAUUUGAUUGUAGAAAAUGCAAAGAAUUUAAGGUGAUACUAAAGUGAACUCAACAGUAUUGUUUGGGGUAAUUAAGUUCACCUGAAGACCUACUGCUUUAUCCACUGCAAAAAUGCAGUAAUAAAUCGGAUGCUUUAUUGUACUUUAUUGUGUACAGUAUAGAAAAUAAUGUACAUGGAUGUAUUUAUGAAAAGCAUUAUAAUGUUGAUUUAAAAAUCUCAGUUUGAAAAAGUUUUUCUCAUAUUAAAAGAAAUGUUAUGCAAGUUUUGUUUGCCAUUGACGAAAGUUUUAUA